AUGAAAAUACUGCUUACUAUCAUAUUGGCGAGUUUCGCGCCUUAUUAUCAAACCUAUAAUCGAUCAAAAACCGCAGCGGCAGCUAGUUUGGCAACAUCGUGGAAAUAUUUUUUAUUUCCUGAACAGCGAGCUAGAAAGUGUGCUGAAAUAUUGCGUGAUCGUGAUUAUUUAUUUUGCCAGUCGUUUUGGAAUCUUCUUCAACGUGAUUCCAUUAAAAAAGGAUCACGUUAUAUUGCUCCUAAUGUAGCUGUAUCGAAAUAUUUUCAAGUUGAACCUGAACCUAUUGAAAUUAAUUCAAUUAUUGUUCCUCCACCAACAGGUCUGAGUACUAUGCAGUCAAAACAACUGGUGAAUAUUAAACUUUUGUCACAUGAAAUACGAGAAGGCAUGGAUAAGCUAUCAUUACAAAGAGCUGAUUUAGAAGGAUCAUCAAAAAUCUUAUUAGCAAUGAGUGAUCAACUUCUGAUGCGUGUUCACGGUGGAGGUUUUAUUGCGACGUCAUCAGCAACUCAUGAGGUAUAUUUAAAACCAUGGGCAUUGGAUUUGUAA